ACCCAUGGGAGCCAUAUGCUGCAUAAGCACAGAAGAAAAAUAUUUUCUCAGUAUGUGUGAGAUGAUACUUCCACGCCAGGAUUUAGGCUGCUGGUAGGACAUAUGCAGCAAGCUCACUGAGUCGUAAGUGCUGAAGCACAGAAGACAGCCAGGGGUUGGAUUCUAAUCUCGGAGCACUGCUAUGAGGACGGAGUAUAUUCGCCUAUUUGGAAAGGAGACAUAGACCGAAAAUGCCACCAGCAGUAACAGCACCACAGUACCCACCUCCAGAUGGAGGCUGGGGAUGGGUUGUGGUCUUUGGGGCUUUUAUCUCCAUCGGAUUUUCCUAUGCAUUCCCCAAAGCCAUCACAGUAUUCUUCAAAGAAAUACAGGAAAUCUUCCACACAUCAUAUAGUGAGAUAGCUUGGAUAUCAUCAAUAAUGUUGGCUGUCAUGUAUGCAGGAGGUCCCAUAAGCAGCAUUUUAGUGAAUAAAUAUGGUAGCCGGCCCGUGAUGAUAGCAGGAGGUAUAUUGUGUUCCUUUGGAAUGAUUGCUUCCUCUUUCUGCAAUAGUGUCCUGGAACUUUAUCUAUGUAUUGGCGUUGUUGGAGGUCUGGGUUUAGCAUUCAACUUGCAGCCUGCUUUGACCAUGAUUGGCAAGUAUUUCUAUAAGAAGCGUCCCAUUGCUAACGGAUUGGCCAUGGCCGGAAGUCCAGUGUUUCUAAGCACGUUGGCGCCUCUCAAUCAAUUCCUCUUUAACGCAUUUGGUUGGAAAGGAAGCUUUCUCAUUCUGGGAGGACUUCUUUUGAACUGCUGUGUGGCAGGGUCGCUGAUGAGACCUGUUGGACCAAAACCAGUUCCGCCUGUAAAAAAAGAUGUUGAGAAAGGCACAGGAGAUUCUGCCUUGCACAAAAACAACAAGGAGUCUUUUUGGAAAACUAUAAAUAAAUACCUAGAUUUGUCCCUCUUCAAACACAGAGGUUUUCUGAUUUAUUUGUCAGGAAAUGUUAUUAUGUUUAUUGGUUUCUUCGCUCCAAUCGUAUUCUUGGCCCCUUAUGCCAAGCACAAGGGAAUUGAUGAAUAUUCUGCAGCUUUUUUGCUCUCUAUCUUAGCCUUUGUAGACAUGUUUGCUAGGCCUUCAAUGGGACUUGUAGCAAACUCCAGAUUUAUCCGGCCAAAGAUCCAGUACUUUUUUAGUUUUGCUGUCUUGUACAAUGGUGUCUGCCAUAUCUUGUGCCCUCUGGCAACAAAUUACACUGGCUUGGUGAUAUAUUCUGUAUUUUUUGGGUUUGCAUUUGGAAUGGUUAGCAGUGUUCUUUUUGAGACGUUGAUGGACCUUGUUGGUGCUGCCAGAUUUUCCAGUGCUGUUGGACUUGUCACUAUAGUGGAAUGUUGCCCAGUUCUCAUAGGUCCUCCUUUAGGAGGCUGGUUAGUGGAUGUUACUGGUGAAUAUCAGUAUAUGUAUUUCGUCUGUGGAGUGAUCGUGAUUGUGGCCAGUAUCUGGUUGUUCAUUGGCAAUGCCAUUAACUACAGGCUUUUGGCAAGAGAAAAGAAGUUGGAAGAUGAGAAGCAGAAAGCACAGAAGAACGCUGACCCAAAAGAAGCCGAACCAUUAACAAAUAAUGAGAAUGAAGAUGCUUCCAGCAGGGCCAACAGAGCUCUAGAAGAUCCUUUAGAAAGAGAAACCAAUAUUUAAUCUGCAGUAUAGCUCAGAAAUCAACAUUUAUGACUUCCAUUAGAAAUAUUUUUUUCAAGACGCAGGCCAGGUUUUAUGGUAACAAUGAUCAGUCACAAUAUUGGAUGGAACAGAUUUUUGCCCUGGCAAGACUCCAAGUUAAAUUACUAUUUGCAGUUUAUUUAUUUCAGUGCUACAAAAUUGAAGUUGCAGAGGUAGUGAUUCCAUGAAAAUGAGCCCGUCUAAACUCUGGACAAUCAGGGUCAGGUAAGCCAGAUCAAAAAGCCUUCCAAUGGCAAACAGUUUUGUUUCAGAAGAACUUCUAAUAGAAAAGCAUCUCUGAGUCUUAUUUGGGAAGACAUUUUAAAUUCAUCUUUAGAGUAUUAGUAAAAUCUAUUGAAAUAAUCUGCCCACACUUUAUUUAGAACUAAUAUUAAAAAAGAAUAUAAGCUCAAGGAUUUGUUGCUAAAGAAACAGAAUAACUGAGUGAAGUGCACUGGAAACAUUUUUCCUUUCUGUAUGCCCACUAGAUUAAAAAUACAUACUAUGUCUGUAUAAAAAUUUACAAUAUGGAUAGAAGGCAAACAAUUGGUGGGCUCUAUAUCUACAAUGCAUUAAAUAGUUGAAUUAAAAUAUAUUCCAGAGGUUACUUGUUUCCUCCAGUGAUAGCUGACUACAUUAUACUUCAACAUACUCGUUUGAACACAACUGUGGUCAGGCCUCACUAAUUGAAAUUAAACUAAAAUCUGCCUGUACAUUGAAGGGUUUUAAACCAAGAUUUACACUGCUAACAAGAGUAGAAUCGGUUUGUUCAGUUCUGUGUUCCUAUAUGGUUGAAGGAACUGCAUUGGUUUCUGAAGCCUUCUUUCUCUAGGGACUUGAUUCAGAAGCCACUGAUGUUAACAGGAUGUUUACCCUUGAUUUAUUAUUCCAAGUUUCCAUGAUCUUUUAACAUAUGAAUUCAUUUUGUUAAUGGCAAAACAAAAUAUAUUUUUCUAGCACAGGCCUGAAUCAUUUUCUUGGCAAUUACUUCAAAUCAGAUGUGUAGGUUUAUUGACAAGAAAUCGAUUAGGUCUUUGACAGUCUAUGGAGAGGAGAUUUAAGGCCUAACUUCAGGUCCUUGCAGACGGGUAACUUCAUACCAGUUCUCACCUGCCUUUCUCAUGUACUUCCUUUUUUGUAUUGCCAAUUUGAGCAAAAAAUGCUGCAAGGCACAUCAACAGUGCCAGUCUGGGAGCCUUGUAUUGACAUAUCAUUUUUGUGCAGAAUAUUUGGUCUUGUGUCUACAAUUUUACACAGACACUCAUUAAAUAUCAAUUAAAAUGUACACUGCUGUUUUUCUUCCUUUAGGCAAAAGAAAAGCCUACAAUUUAACUUUUUUAAAAAAUAUCUAUCAUUGCACUUGAAAGCCAAAGUGAAAGUUUCUGAAAGUAUUAAAAGAAAAUAUUUCUGUUUUAUUUGUAGGUGAGGAUUGCAGAGAUGCAUGCAAAUGCCUCUGAAAUUGUGAAAAUUAAGGGUCUGAUUCAGAAAACAUUUAUGCACUGUUAAUGCAGGAUACAUGCACAUUCAGUUCAGGAAAAUGAAUAUCUGAUUUGAGCCCCUUUUUAAAUCUCAAAACAGUGUAAGUGUAUGGACAGAAAGCUUUGUUAAACACAUUAUGAAGUGCCAAUAUCAAAAGAAAAAAAAUAGAAAUUGUAAAGUAUAGCAGACGUGUGAGUGCUUUUAAGAAAGUCCUAUGCUAAUUGUGUUGUUCAAUAUGAUUAUUUUUAUUUGUUUUUUGUAAAAAUUUGGUAGUGCUUGCCUCUGUUUUGCUGGGUUAUCACCUUAUAUACUCCAAACUUAUGCAGUAAUACUGAAACUUUUCAUUACCUUACGACUAUUUUGGGAAGGAACAUCAUGAAUCUAUUAUCAGCAUGAUUCAGAAAUUAAUAUCUACAUUUCACCUAAUUAUCUUCAGGAACACCAAACAACAUUCAAAAAACUUGUAAUUUUAUAGGAGCAUCGGCAACAAAGUAUGUGCAUUUCAGAAUUUUGGGAGAAAACUUGUGUUUGAGCAGCAAAUUGUGUAAGGGAGAAUGAUUGACUUUGUAGUCCUGGUAAAACUACAGUUCCUCUUCCAGACCUCUGCUUCAGAGAAGAAAUAAAUACACUGCACUUCUUUCCAAGAUGUAGACCCACCAACACCCCAUGAGGUAAAGGCAUAGUCCUCUUUUCCCCUAUAAAAUCUAGUUAUUUCCAGAAUCCACACUCCAUGAAGGCCUUACAUAGAGAGAGAAAGAGGGGAGGAGUUUCACAAGCACUAAACUUUCAUAUAGCCAGGAAUAUCAGUUAUAAAUACUGGAGUGUGAAAAUGAACUAAAACUUUAGUUAAAGAGUAGUCAUCAGGAACAUCACUCUACUUUUGACAGCAAGCGGUAGGAAGGCACAGAUUAUUUGAAAAGACAUGAAUACAGAGGCUGAACCAAAAUGACUGAGACAAAAUUUUAGGUGCUUAUUAUCUCUUUGCAAAAAACAGCUUGAUUAAAAAUACAGGGUAGAAGACAA